CGAUCGCAGCCGGCACGAUGCCCGAGAUGCGCGGCGAGGAGGAGGCGGAGACGUUCGCCUUCCAGGCGGAGAUCGCCCAGCUCAUGUCGCUCAUCAUCAACACGUUCUACUCCAACAAGGAGAUCUUCCUGCGGGAGCUCAUCUCCAACGCCUCCGACGCACUGGAUAAAAUCCGCUACGAGAGCCUGACCGACCCCUCAAAGCUCGACAGCGGCAAGGACCUCAAGAUCGACAUAGUCCCCAACCCCCGGGACCGCACGCUCACCCUGGUGGACACCGGCAUCGGGAUGACGAAAGCUGAUCUCAUCAACAACCUGGGCACCAUCGCCAAAUCUGGCACCAAGGCCUUCAUGGAAGCCCUGCAGGCUGGUGCAGACAUCUCCAUGAUUGGGCAGUUUGGUGUGGGUUUCUACUCUGCCUACCUGGUGGCCGAGAAGGUCGUUGUCAUUACCAAGCACAAUGACGAUGAGCAGUAUGCUUGGGAGUCAUCAGCUGGGGGCUCCUUCACUGUCCGGAGCGACCAUGGUGAGCCCAUCGGACGAGGCACCAAAGUGAUCCUGUAUCUGAAGGAGGACCAGACGGAGUACUUGGAGGAGAGGCGAGUCAAAGAGGUGGUGAAGAAGCACUCCCAGUUCAUCGGCUACCCCAUCACGCUUUAUCUGGAGAAGGAGCGUGAGAAAGAGAUCAGUGAUGACGAGGCAGAGGAGGAAAAAGGUGAGAAGGAAGAGGAGGAGUCCAAGGAUGAGGAGAAACCCAAAAUAGAGGAUGUGGGCUCUGAUGAGGAUGAGGAGGGAGACAAAGGCAAGAAGAAAAAGACCAAGAAAAUUAAGGAGAAAUACAUUGACCAGGAGGAGCUGAACAAGACCAAGCCUAUUUGGACCCGCAACCCUGACGACAUCACCCAGGAAGAGUAUGGCGAGUUCUACAAAAGCCUCACCAACGACUGGGAGGACCACCUGGCUGUCAAGCACUUCUCCGUGGAAGGGCAGCUGGAGUUCAGGGCCCUGCUCUUCAUCCCGCGCCGUGCCCCUUUUGACCUCUUUGAGAACAAGAAGAAGAAGAACAACAUUAAGCUGUACGUGAGGCGGGUCUUCAUCAUGGACAGCUGCGAUGAGCUCAUCCCUGAGUACCUGAACUUCAUCCGGGGUGUUGUGGACUCGGAGGACCUACCUCUGAACAUCUCCCGUGAGAUGCUCCAGCAGAGCAAGAUCCUCAAGGUGAUCCGCAAAAACAUCGUGAAGAAAUGCUUGGAGCUUUUCUCGGAGCUGGCAGAGGACAAAGAGAAUUACAAGAAAUUUUACGAGGCCUUUUCCAAGAAUCUGAAGCUGGGCAUCCACGAGGACUCGACCAACCGAAAGCGCCUUUCGGAGCUGCUGCGCUACCACACGUCCCAGUCAGGCGAUGAGGUGACUUCCCUUUCGGAAUACGUGUCGCGCAUGAAGGAGACCCAGAAGAGUAUCUACUACAUCACAGGGGAGAGCAAGGAGCAGGUUGCCAAUUCAGCCUUUGUGGAGCGCGUGCGGAAGCGUGGCUUUGAGGUGGUGUACAUGACGGAGCCCAUUGACGAGUACUGCGUGCAGCAGCUCAAGGAGUUCGACGGGAAGACGCUGGUGUCGGUCACCAAGGAGGGGCUGGAGCUGCCUGAGGAUGAGGAGGAGAAAAAGAAGAUGGAGGAGAGCAAGGCCAAGUUUGAGACCCUCUGCAAACUCAUGAAGGAGAUCCUGGACAAGAAGGUGGAGAAGGUAACCAUCUCCAACCGGCUGGUCUCCUCGCCCUGCUGCAUCGUCACCAGCACCUACGGCUGGACGGCCAACAUGGAGCGCAUCAUGAAGGCCCAGGCGCUGCGGGACAACUCGACCAUGGGCUACAUGAUGGCCAAGAAGCACCUGGAGAUCAACCCCGACCACCCGAUUGUGGAAACCCUCCGUCAGAAGGCCGAUGCCGACAAGAACGACAAAGCUGUCAAGGACCUGGUGGUGCUGCUCUUUGAGACUGCUCUGCUGUCCUCUGGCUUCUCCUUGGAAGAUCCUCAGACUCACUCCAACCGCAUCUACAGGAUGAUCAAGCUGGGGCUGGGUAUCGAUGAAGAAGAGGUGACCACGGAGGAGCCCAGUGCAGCUCCCGCCGAUGAGAUCCCCUCUCUGGAGGGAGAUGAAGACGCAUCCCGCAUGGAAGAGGUGGACUAAAGUAGGGGGAAACCUCCUGUGUCUCCUGCCAGGCCUCCUCCCCACCUCACCUCUGUUGAGAAGGGGGGGGGUCUGAUCCCACCAGCUGCUACUGACUCCUUGGUGGUGUCUUGGAUUUAUUUGGUGGGGGGGGGAAGGGAGACACGGUUCCCCGUUUGUCAGUAGUGAGUGAUUCAGGCAGCUCUAGGCGUGCCUGUUCUUGUGUCUUUCUGCUUGUGUAGGAGCCACUGAUGGGGAAGGGAGCUGUGGGUGGGGGCAGGCUUCCUCCCCCACCCCGUGGGACCCCACGGUACCACUGGGCAUCAAACACUCCCCUUGCCCUGGCGAGUGGGGAGAGCCCUUCUGAGCUGCUGCCUCCCCAGACCCCCGGAAUAGGAUGUCUUCUGGUUGGCUUGGUUAUUUUUCAUGUACUUUUCUGAUGUUUUGUUCUACUGGAAUUAAAGUACCAAAUGGACUUGGUUUACA